CGGCGCUGAUCGGCGGCGGAGCGGCCCCGGCCCCGGGAUGGAUUUCUCCAAGUUCCUGGCCGAUGACUUCGAGGUGAAGGGCUGGGUGAACGGAGCCUUCCGGGCCGUGCAGCAGCAGGAGGCGCCCGGCCAAGUGGACGCCCACGCCGCCACCUUGGUGAUGAAGUUGCAGCUCUUCAUCCAGGAGGUCAACAACGCCGUGGAAGAAACAAGCCACCAGGCGCUCCAGAACAUGCCCAGAGUCCUUCGGGAUGUGGAAGCCUUGAAACAGGAGGCAACUUUCCUGAAGGAACAAAUGAUCCUUGUUAAGGAGGACAUUAAGAAAUUUGAAGAGGACACAGCUCAGUCAAUGCAGGUCCUGGUAGAGCUUGAUCGAGUGAAAUCCAGAAUGCAGCUGGCUGCAGAGUCCCUCCAGGAAGCAGACAAGUGGAGCACACUGAGUGCAGAUAUUGAGGAAACUUUUAAAACACAAGAUGUGUCUGUGAUCUCUGCCAAGCUAACAGGCAUGCAGAACAGCCUGGCGAUGCUUGUGGACACUCCGGACUACUCUGAGAAAUGCGUGCACCUAGAGGCUCUGAAGAACCGGCUAGAGGCCAUGGCCAGCCCCCAGAUUGUGGCCACUUUCAACGCUCAGUCUGUAGACCAGGCAAAAGUGUUUGUGAAAGUCUUCACUGAAAUUGAUCGGAUGCCCCAACUCCUGGCUUAUUACUACAAAUGUCACAAGGUGCAGCUGGUGACAGUCUGGCAGGAUCUUUGCCAAAGCGACUUAAGUUUAAAUCGGCAGCUGACUGAACUGUAUGAUACUCUGCUUGGAACAUGGCACUCACAACUCCAGUGGGUCAUGCAGGUUUUUAAGAACCCCCAUGAAAUUGUGACUGUGCUGCUGAUCCAAACAUUAGGUGCCUUGGUGCCUUCAAUCCCAGUCUGCCUCCGCACCGCAAUGGAGGGAGCCAGCCAGGAAACCAAACUAAAUACGCUGCUGGAGCUGCACGACACCACAGCCCACUUUGCAAGAGGCUUGGAAGUAGCAGUGCUGUCUAACUUAAAAGAGCAUAACCUGGUGAAAGUGAUGGAACUGGUGGAAGUAGUGUAUGGUCCGUAUAAGCCCUACCAGCUGCGGUACGGAGACCUGGAAGAAGAAAAUCUCCUCAUCCAGAUCAGUGCAGUGCCCUUGGAGCAUUGGGAAGUAAUUGACUGCGUCCAGGAACUGAGCCACUCGGUGAACAAACUCUUCAGUCUGGCUUCUGGAGCCAUCGACAACUGCGUUAAACUCACCGAUGGGCUGGCGGUGUGUGGGCUGCUGAAGGCACUGAAAGCUCUUUUCAAAAAGUAUGUGUCUGACUUCACUACUACUUUGCAGUCCAUAAGAAAGAAGUGCAAACUGGAUGAUAUCCCCUCGGAUUCCCUCUUCCAGGAGGACUGGACUGCAUUCCAAAACUCUAUCCGGAUAAUAGCUACUUGUGGUGAACUCCUUCGGCAGUGCGGGGACUUUGAGCAGCAGCUAGCAAACAGGAUUUUAUCCACUGCUGGGAAGUAUCUGUUGGACUCCUACAGCCCUUGUAGUCUGUCUGGCUUUCAGGAUGCCAGCUCUGCGGAGAAGAAGAGCUCAGUCAAGAACCCCUGGCAGGAAUACAACUACCUCCUGAAGGAGACUCCGUCUGAGUAUGCCAGCCUCAUGGAAACACUCCAUACCCUAAAGGAGAAAGGGACGAGUAACCACAACCUGUUGUCCGCAUCUCGAUCUGCCCUUACCCACCUCAACCAGCUAGCGCACCAGUUGGCGUUUGACUCUGUUUUCCUUCGCAUCAAACAGCAGCUCUUACUGAUUUCCAGGAUGGAGGGCUGGAGCUCAGCUGGCAUUGGUGAGACACUAACAGACGACCUGCCAAACUUCAGUCUGACUCCUCUUGAGUACAUCAGCAACAUCGGACAAUAUAUCAUGUCCCUCCCACUUCAUCUCGAGCCAUUCGUUACUCAAGAAGAUUCUGCUCUGGAACUAGCCUUACAUGCUGGAAAACUGCCGUAUCCGCCAGAGCAAGGUGACGAGUUACCUGAGCUGGACAACAUGGCUGACUACUGGCUAGGUUCCAUCGCCAGAGCAACCAUGCAAACCUACUGUGAAGUUAUCCUGCAGAUUCCAGAGCUCACCCUUCACUCAGCGAAGCAGCUUGCCACGGACAUUGAUUAUCUGAUAAAUGUGAUGGAUGCCCUCGGCCUUCAGCCUUCGAAGACGCUACAAAACAUUGUUACUCUGUUGAAGACCAAACCAGAAGACUACAGGCAAACAGCCAAAAGCUUGCCCCGCAGGCUAGCAAGCAACAUCGCCACCAUGAGAAGUGUGGACUAUUGACUCCGAGCCCUCGGAAAACUCCAGCCGGGGAGCUCUUGGCUAAAGGCUAAAUUUCCUACAUUGAAUUUUUUCUCCAAUAAACCUUCCAAGGAUGAUGGGAAUGUGG